AUGGCGCCCAGCUCGAAAUCCGAAAAGGGUGAUGGCAAACAGAAAGCUCAAAGAAAACACAAAGACCAUGUCGUGAAGCUUCUCAUGCGUGGGAAGCUGUCAGGACAGUUUUCUCAGCGCCUGUUCAGGAAGCUACCACCUCGAGUCUGUGUCCCAUUAAAGAACAUUGUCAGCGAGGAGUUCCUGAGAGCAGGGCAUAUCUUUCUUGGUUUCACCAAAUGUGGCCGUUACGUUCUAUCCUAUACCAGCGACUGUGGGGAAGACGACGAUUUCUCUUUUUACACCUACCAUCUCUAUUGGUGGGAGUUCAACCUGCACAGUAGACUCAAACAGGUGCAUCAUGUGCGUCUGUUUGCAGGAGAGGAAAUCUACAGCGACCUCUACCUGACUGUGUGUGAGUGGCCAAAUGACCACUCCAAAAUUGUCAUCUUUGGCUUCAAUACGCGCAGUUCAAGCUCCGUUCUGAUGAACUUAAUGAUGAGUGAUGAAAACAAUAGAGACAUAUACAUCACCAUCGCCUCCAUGCCUCCUCCUAAGCCUUGCUCCUUCUGCUGCCCAGUUCCCUCAGCCACUACCAUACGUACAGGAAGCGGUGAGUGUCUGGAGCAUGGCUAUGUGCUCAACAGCAGGUACCAGGUGGUGUACCCGUUCCCGACUUUCCAGCCAGCUUUCCAGCUGAAGAAGGAUCAGGUCAUCCUGUUAAACACUAGCUACUCUCUAGUGGCCUGCGGCAUCUCACUCUGUCCAGGUAAGCAGAGUCAGUCAUCGCAGAUCCUUUACACAAAGAGAGCAGCUCUGUCAAGUCCAGCCUCCACAUCUUUUUCCUCCACCUCCUCGGCCUCUUCUUCCUCGCUACCUCAGGGGUCUCCAGAAAGCCGACUGCCACCCAGUAGACCUGCUCCAAUUCCCUCAUCUCCUAACCAGUCCCAAGCAGCCGUGCGAGCCCGGGAGUUUGCAGCCGACCUCUUCAGGCGCGCCCAGGGAGGAGGAGGGGUGGGGGGAGAAAACGAAGGCCAGACAGAAAGGAGAACAGUUGAUGGUGCUGUAAAAGAGGCAGCGCAGAUACCAGGAGACAAAGGGAUAACUGUAGGGACUCGCAGAGAGGAGGAGGAGGAUUGUAGAGAGAGGAGGGAGGAGGAGACACGGACUAGUUUACCUCAGGUGUCAGCAUCAGGCGGGAGUCACAGUUUGCCACAGUGCUCUGAACAAGUGAUGUCUCCCUCUUCCUCAUCACCUGCAUCCCCUCCGACCCCGUACUCAUGCCAGGAGGCCGGGCCCUGCGAGCCUGGAUAUGUCAACUAUUCAUGCCUGCACUUCUGCCUCCAACAGCCAGGGGCAGCAGAACAGAAUACAGAAGGUUAUGAGGACGAUAAAGUUCAGCUACCUUUCACAGUCACCGACCUUAAAGGACGGAACCUGCAGCUUGUCACCGAGCCACACAAUGGACAGAGUGUGUGUGUGGAGCAGUUGACUCUAGAUUUCGAGUAUCUUAUCAAUGAGGUGAUCAGGAGCGAUGCUGCCUGGGCCCCUCAGUUCUGCUCCUUCAGCGACUAUGAUGUUGUGAUAUUAGAGGUGUGUCCUGAAACCAACACUGUGAUGAUCAACAUUGGUCUGCUGUUACUGGCCUUCUCCAAUUCGGAUGAGGAGCACUGCAGGCCAAACACGUACCAUUCCAACCUGCAGGUCAGCUGGGACCUGAACACAGGUGUGUGUUGCACCGUGGGUGUUGGUGACCUUACAGAGGUCAAAGGUCAGACCAGUGGGAGUGUGUGGAGCUCUUACAGGAAGUCCUGUGUGAACACGGUGAUGAAGUGGUUGGUGCCUGAGAGCAGCUCCCGCUACAUUAACCGCAUGACCAACGAAGCUCUACACAAAGGCUCGUCCCUGCAAGUGUUGGCAGAUAGCGACCGAUGUACCUGGAUUGUAUUAUGAAGAAAGAAGACGUGCCACAAGUGUCAAUGUAACAAACAAAAGCACACACACACUUCGACGUGGCCAGCUCAACCUUAAUCUGAGCAAAACUGCACCUGCUCAGUGACUAUGCUUUGGUAAAGCAGUUAAAACACGUGUCAAACUCAGCAAAUAAUGCUGUAGUUGAAAUACUGUAAAGAUUCCUUUUUUUUUUUUUUUUUUUUUUUUUUGUCUUUUUUAGGUGGUCUGUGUUUAAUUUUACAGGUUUCAUCUUUUAAAUUUUUGUAAAUGUGUACUGUAUCAUUGCUACCACCAAAACCAAGAGCUGGACUGAAUGAAGAUUUAGUUUUUUUGUUUUUAUACAUAAAGGUGUACUGUUAUAGUAGCAUGAGUGUUUCUUGUUUUUGCGUGUCUGUAACUGAACGUAUGCAAUAUCUGCACCUGUGAUGUUCAUAAGGGAAUUUCAUCCAGACUGUAGGUGUGUGUAUGUAUGGGUGUGUGCAUGUUUUGUGUGUAUGAAAUGAUUCUGACAGAUUCUGCUGCUUCUAAACCAGUUGUUUCCUCAGCUGGCCACAACCAGUUCAGUCUAGCUGUGUUGAUUUAUAAGGCUGCAGAGUUUAAAAUGAGACAAAUUGAACCCAGUACUCAAUUACUUGACUUUUUUGACCUCAUGUGACGGAUGUAGAGACUUGUUGGAGUCACAUGCUCAACUGGUAGACAUCAGGUUGUAUGUUUACUGGCUUGGAAGUAAUACCAUGUUCUGUUGGGAUAUUUUGUUAAAAUAAAAUGUUUAAAAGUC